AUGGCUACUAGUGAUCUGAAUCAGUUUCUGGAAAAUGUUAAUGAGAAGGUCCUAGAGUGUACCAUCUGCUUUAAGAGACUUCAAAAUCCUAAAUCCCUCAACUGCCUUCAUAGUUUCUGUUUGGCAUGUCUAGAAGACUGGGUUAAAACUAAGGGAAAGCUGAUUUGUCCAACUUGCUCAAAAUCAUAUCCCAUUCCAGAGGGCGGACUUCAGAAGCUUCCACCAAAUACAUUUAUAAAUAACUUAUUAGAAACUAUUGAACAAUUUUCUGGAAAAGAUCAGAUAAAAUGUGCUUGUAAAAAAAGAGAAUCAGCAAUAUAUUACUGCCAGGAUUGCAGACAGUACUUGUGUUUGACUGGUAGUGAAUAUCAUAAUGAAUUUCGGCUCUUUGCAAACCACAAGUUACAUUCAAUGGAAGAUGUGCGAUCAAUGAGCCCUUCACAGAUGACGUUACUUCAUCCACCACAGUGUUUGCAGCAUAACAAACCCUUAGAGUUUUAUUGCACAGAGUGUAAAACACCAAUAUGCAUGCAUUGCACAAUUACUGACCACAAUGCAUGGGAAGGAAAUCACAAACCAAUCAGCAUUUCUAAAGCAUUUCAGACAUUUAAAGAAACUUCCGAAGCAUUACAGAAAUCUGCCUAUGACUAA